UGUCGAGUUUUACAGCGGCUAGGAUCAGCCUAUCCACUCCGCAGCUGAAAGUGCUGUAAUAACCGAAGUCUCAGUGAACGGAGGAGAGGGAGGGGGGACUCAAUGGGGAGACAAUGAUACAGACUCAUCCGCGUAACUAGACACCAGUUCAGUUCAUUGUAGAAGAGCGCAGCCAGACCAAACCCAUUCAGUUAUAACUACAAAGGAGUCGAGAGGGAGACAACCGAAGUGUUCAACGUAGGGUGGCGGCGAGGAAAGGGACAAGAAAUACAGACGGCUUCCGAGCUGCACGGGCAAUACACCCGGUGUCCCGAAUUCUCUGCGAUUCUUGGCAUCUGCCUUUUUGGCUAAAUUACGGAUUUAUAUUUGGGUGAAGUCGGGUCGGGGAUAGUCAUAAACAGCCCUAUCCUUCACAAUGAAGAAAAACAAUUCAUCAAAACGGGGCCUGCAGGAGACAAAUCAACACCCCACGCAGCCAGACAAAAUCGGUUGGAUUCGCAAGUUCUGUGGCAAGGGGAUUUUUAGGGAGAUCUGGAAAAAUCGUUUUGUUAUACUCAAAGGGGACCAACUUUACAUCUCAGAGAAAGAGGUAAAGGAUGAGAAGAAGAUCCAGGAGGUGGUUGACCUAACGGAUUACGAGCGCUCCGAGGAGCUGCGAAAGGCCAAGAGCCGCAGCAAGAAAAACCACAGCAAGUUCACACUGCUGCGCUCCCGAACGCCAGGAAACACCGUCUCCAACCUAGUGUUCCUGGCUGUUAGUCCAGAGGAGAAGGAGUCCUGGAUAAAUGCCUUAAAUGGAGCCAUAACUAGAGCCAAGAACCGCAUCCUGGAUGAAAAAUCGAGACUCAUCAGACCAGGCAACAAUCUUCCAGUCUUCAACUGUCCAAUUUUGGUGACGGUUGAGGAUGAGAACCUUCUAUCCCACCUUACGCGGGACCGGGCUAAGAUCCCUCACACGCGGCGUCUGCCUACACGAGGACACCUCAUGGCUGUGGCAUCCACUUCCACCUCCGACGGCAUGCUGACCCUUGACCUGAUCCAGGAGGAGGACGGCCCCAGCACCGAUGGUCAGGACUGUGAGAGCUUCCGGGUCGACUCAGAUAAAUCCGGCCAGGUCGGCCCUGACUGCAUCAGGUCCAAAACAGAGAGCGCCAUCAGUAAUAUCCGCCUAGCGGCCCCCGCAGAGGCUGCUGGGAAGUCCCAGAGCCUGCCGCGCGAGACUGGCGUGGCCUGCGACGGUGAACAGCAUCUUCAGAGCCCCGUGGGGAAGUGCUGCACACCUCAGCCAGGCAAGAGGCUCACGCCGGCUGAGAAAAACCGUUGCGCUUCCAUGGACGAGAUCCUCUCACACUCCGAGACGCGGGCGACUAAACCCAGGGCGGCUAUUCCCCGCUCAGCGGCCUCCGCACCCCCGGGAAAUGUGCCGCCAAUAAGCCAAUUGCAGGACCUCAUUGCCCAGAAACUGGAAAGAACUCAGGAGCUGCUGACGGAGGUGCGCGGGGCACAGGGGGAGGAGAAUGAGCGCGGGAAAGGGAAAGGGAAGGACUCGCCAGUCAACAGGGGCUCCAAGGGUUGCUCCGAAGGGGGCCGGGCAGAGGUGGAGAGGCUGUUGAAGGAGGCAGCAGCUACGUGGGGCCAGGCCAAGGAGGUGCUGGACGAGGUGAAGGAGCUGAGGGCACUCUACCGGCAGCUGGAUUCCCAGCCCACCGCGUGCGCCUCCCUCUCGCCCCUCAGCCCCUCUAGCAGCGGCAAGCAGACUCACUACAGGAAGAGCAUGAUGUGACCGUCAGAGUACGGAUCGGACUCCACCUUGAAUCCCUCAGCAAAAAAAAAGAAAGACCUAAACAUGCAAAGCCACAAUAUUGUAAAAGAUGUCUGUGUCUCCCGUUCUGUUUCUUUUCACUUUAUUGAUGUUGUGACAAAGUGAGGACAUUUAUUUGCCUGACAACAUCCCCUGUUGUUGACCACUGUGCCCUUACAAGAAAGAGGUCCAGGGUCGGAUUUGCUUCACAGUCUCAAUGUUUUCCGCAACAUUGGUUGUAAAAGAGGGGAUGUUCCCCACGUCAGGUCUGAGCAGGGAAUCAGAAGGGCUCUCCUCGCCAGGGUUAGACACACGCUGGUCAAGAAUAACUUUUGAUCCGAUGCAACACAGUGCCCGGCGGAUUGAGAAUAUGAAUGUUUUCCUUUUUUCGGUUACAUAACACACUGGAAGGUGGGUCUGAGCCAGCAGAUUCCCAUAGAGCCCCACUCUAAAAGUAGUCAGGACAGUAACACCAGCGCCCAUGGCUGCUGAGGAAAUGGAGCUCAGUAAAGCCCUCAUCUCUGCUGGCCCGUCAUUAUUAACCGGGACAGGGAUGGGACGGAGGGGGGGGGUCACAUAUUAGGAACUCACUGGCCUUCCGUCUUCAUUGCCACUGCAGCCAAUAAGUACAUAAUUGCACUAUAAAGGAAGGCUGUGAAACAAGAUAAAACUGGCGGGCGUAAACUGGAGGGAUCGGAGCUGGCGUAUCACUCCGUUCUGCACCUUUUUCUCUGACAAUCUACUGUGUAUGAAAACCACGGUCCCGCAUUUAACACCACACCUUAGGGAGGGGCUGGAUUACUGCUUAAAAAAAAUCGUAGCUCCUCAUCGAUAUAAUCAUUGUAAACAGGGGUGUCGGCAAACACACCACUCCGACUAGUGAGCUGUGAGCCUAGCACUUGGCCUCAGACCUGGCUGUUGCGCCUGGAGUCGUGCAGGGUUUACGGUGGAGAAUGGAGAUAUGCAACGUAGCAGGCAUGCACACAACCACAAAUACAGGGAUAGAGAGGUAUGGUAAUAGAGCCACUGGACUGCAGCGCCUGACCAGAACACCCAGCGCGUCCUGCCCAAGCACCCCGUAUUUGGUUUCUGGUCUAUAGCUACGUAUGUUCAGCAGUGCUGGGGUAGCGGUUUGCUGUGGACUGUCAGACCAACUAACAGUAUUAUGGUGUUAUCGUCAUUGUUUGUCAUUUUUAUUUGUAAUAUGCUUUUAUAGGACUAUUUAAGGCAACCUUUUUAGAAGGAAGUGGGCAGGGUAUUUUUGAACGUUCGAGGUUUCACCUCUGCAUUUCUUUUUUUACUCUGUUCAACCACUACGACCCAAUAACAGAAGUCAUGUAAAGAUUUUCACGUCCAGUCUUUUAAAGAUUUUAUGAUGAACGCAAAAGAGGGUGAGGGGAGAAAGGUAUGUGGAAAAAGAAACAAGACAACAGGAAUCCAAUAUUUCCCCAGAAAAAAAUAUAACCUUGUCAGACAGAUGUUAUAUUUUCCUGUUGUUCUAUCAGUGUUGGCGUCAUUGUAUUUUUGUCUGGGCUGAAGUACUGUCUCGUGAGGCUGAACUUGAAACCAAAUGCUUGUGCUUUUCUGAAGAAAUGUCCCCCACCCUGGAUGCACUGUACAUACUCUUUGCAUUUGUAAUCAUCUCAAAGGUUGUUGCUGUAUUUUCUUAUUGCGUUACAUUAUGAUGAAAACGGAAGUAGCUUUGCUUUGCACUGAAGUUCCUCACUUCUGAACCCUCAAAGUUCUUGAGACACAACCAUUUGUGCAAUUAUAACAAUCAGCCUCAUUCAGCUACUGUUGUUCUAUAUUGAAUGUUUGCUUUUUUUAAUUCAAAACCUAGUCGAUAAUUGUAAGAAAUGUGAUUUUGUAUGUCCUUUGAGAAGAAUGCCCCUCCGAUGCCCCUCAAGCUCUGGAAUAUAGAGGUUUUUCAUAGUAAAUGCUGAGGUAUAAAGUGAUUGAUCCAAUUUUAUUUUUUUAUGGCAGCAAUAAUACCAUUGUGAAGCUAUGCCAAAGAUGGCUGUACAAGGUAACAAAACUGUUGAAAAGCUACAUGUUGUGUAAAAUUGUUGGUUGAAUUCAUAAAAUCCAACAGAAUCACAAACACAAAAUGAACCUAACCUCCUCUAAAUCUGGCUUUGCACUGUAUUCUGGGAUCACAUCUGUGGAUAUAAGUAGCAAAAUCCAGCCAACAUUGCCCACACAUGGUCACAAGAUUCAUAACAUCCAAUCAUGACUGAAGUGUUAACCAGUGUUGUUCUUCCUGUAAGGUGAAAUGUAUUUCUCUUUAUGUUUGAUAUUUUUAUUUAGUCAAUUUUCCCUUUCAAUUCUGUUCACCAAUUGUUGGUCUAACAGUAGCUACCAUAGCCUUAAAAACCAACACAAUUAUAGGACAAUUACUCAGCAACUCAAAAGAUGGUUUCCCUGCUAUUUACAGAAUCUGAAUUAUUGCAUUUAAUGAAUUAAAAGAAGAUUGUAUGAUAGGAAUACAAUAGAGUAUGAGCUUGGUUUCUUACUUGAUGUAAAUGGAAAACACAUUGUACACAGACUCAGAGGUUUUAAAUCCUGCUCCCUCAGGGUUUCAUUUGAAUAAAUGUGCUAAAAUAAA